AUGGCGAGGUCAAGAUAUCUUGUGGUUUUGCUUCUAGCCACGUUCAUCGCCUCGCUGCUCAAUCGGAGACGUCGACUCAAGCCGUCCACAUCCAAGUUGCCGUUGGUCGGUGAUUUGCACAAGUCACCUCCCGACAGACCGCUGUUGAACUGGAAUGCUUGGGGUGCCCGCCAUGGGCCCGUGGCCACGGCAAAUCUGCUCUUUGGGACCCUGGUCCCCGUCGUUCUCCUCAACACUGUCGAUUCUGCCGCCUACUUUCUGAGUCGGAAUGGUGGACACUGCAACAAUAGGCCGUCAUCAGUGUCAAUGGAGCUGCUGACCAAUGUCGAGCAGCCCGGAAAGUCGAAAUUCACCCUGAUGCACGACUAUGACGAUGACCUCAAGCGACGCCACCGAAUCCUGACACCUAGCCUUGGCCCUCUUGCUGCUCCCAGGUAUCAGGCCGUUAUGGACCUCGAAGUACGCCAGUUGCUGGGCGACCUGGUGAGAAUGCUGCAGGCGACAAAAGAUUCCGUGUUGAGUCGCGAUGAGAUCCAUCCACCGCUGGAGAGGACCAUGGCAAGCACGGUGCUCGCCUUGCACUACGGCAUUCGAGUCCCGACUACGACGGACCCGAUCCUCAAGCGGCUGCUUGCACAGCAUCACAAAGUGGCUGGACUGGCAGCAAAUCCCUGGCUUGUCGACUUGAUUCCAGCUCUGCGCCACCUCCCGCUCUUUCUGUCUCCAUGGCGCCGUGCUGCAAAGGCCAUGUUUGAAGACCAGAGCGAAUUCAACACAAGUCUCCUACGACAGGCGCGAUCUAGUCCAAGCUGGAACGCUGCUCGUCAGGCUGACACUGUACUCGCCAACGAAAUGGACGUCGGUCGUCAGCAUCCAGCACGGCCGGGACAGCCUGACGGACCGGUGUCUGAAAUUGAGUUGGCAUAUGCUUUGGCCACAAGUGUCGAAGGAGCAAUGGAGACGGUUUCGCGACAGGCAUUGUGGCUCUUGGUGGCUGCGGCUACACAUCCAGAUGAGCUGCAGAAACUCCACGGGAUGCUUGAUGCGGUUGUUGGGCAGGACCGCCUCCCCAGGUUUUCGGACAGGUCCCAGCUUGCCUCCAUUGAUGCGUUUGUUGCGGAGACUAUGAGAUGGCGUCCGAUUGCGGCCAUCUCGAUUCCCAGACGGACGGGCGAAGCGGACAAGUACGAUGGCGUCCAUGUUCCCAAGGGGGUGUCCAUAGUGGCCAACGCAUGGUCGAUCGGGCGUGACACACCAUUCAUCAGUGCUGGGCAUAGCGUGACGGACGUCGAGGACUUUCUGCCCGAGCGGUGGCUGCAGAAGGACGACAUGGACAGCGACAUUUCCACGGGAAGGCGCCUCCGUGCCGACUUGUCAAUACCCGUCUUUGGGCAGGGCCGACGUGGCUGCCUGGGCCAGCGAGUCGCUCUCGAUGCUCUGUUCCUGCAGGCUGCCGUACUGCUGUGGGCUUUCGACAUUCGAGCUGCUGAUGACAAGAAGAUAGACCUAAUGUCGAUGGAAGCGUCAGGGUUCAUGGUCUUGCCGGCCGCCUGCAAUCUUGUGCUGCGGCCAAGAGGCGACUGGGUGACGAAGACCAUCGAAGCCGAGUGGGAUCGCCAGGAAAAGGAUGUACAGAUUCUUCUCGGUACCUUCCGAGUUUGA